AUGUUUGGACCCUCUAAUGGCAUAUUCCUGAAGGAAGCAAGCAAAAUGUCUUGGCAAAUAUCAGUAGUAAAAAUAGAAAAAGAGACAGAAUUGAAGCCCACGAAGCCGAACUUCGUGCGGCAGAAGCAAAAAAAAAGACGAUAUCUGGAAGAGUUUAAAGCACGCAAAGCCGUUCAGAUAUCAAUCGAAAUUGUAGCUGCUACCAAGUCAUCUUUGAUACCAGACCAGGCAUCGAUAAAGCCACUUGCUAAGCCUGUAAAAUUAAGUAAACAAGCUAUAAAAGUCGGUGAAGCUACCUCAUGCUUAACCGACUAUGAGAACUUGUAA